AGAGACACUGUUCUGCAGAGACGCUGCAUUUUAAAGCAAGAUCUACCUGCAUACCUACGUCGCAUGUAUGGGUGUGGGUCUUUACAUGGUUAGGAGAUUGUUAGAGAGUGAGACAAUGUGCAAAAGGAAGCACUGGGAGGAGGUCGAGUCGUUCAGAUUUCUUACCGUCUCCUGAUGCGAGAGAAGUAGAUGACAGCUGAGUGUUAGUGACAGCUGCAGCAAGUUCCUGUUUGUGUUGCGUGUAACUAUUGAAGAGAAAUACACAGAGAGAGGCGAGUAGUUUUUGUGUGCGAAAGAGACAGCGCCUGUGCACUCCCUCUUGAAAGGGAGAGAGAGAGAGAGAGAGAGAGAGGAAGGGAGGGAGUUGUGUAUCAAUGAGAGAGCAGACAAGGGGGAGCAGCAUUCCUCUAAUAUGAAGCAGGCGCCUGGACAGCAGCCUGCACUCUCUCCAUCGGGUAAGAUGGAGCCCAAAUCUCUGUUCAGCCUGCAUAAAGCCCUGGCUCAGCCUGUGAAGAUGUGCAUGUUUGAUUUCCCUGUCUCCAUCCUGGAUGAUCUGAGCUCAGUUCAGGAGAUCGGAGAGGAAGUAGAAGACGGAGCCAUCUAUACCAUCACACUCCGAAAGGUGCAGCUCCACCAGACGGCUAGUAAGGGGCAGCGAUGGCUGGGCGUGGAGACAGACUCUGCACUCAGUUUGUAUGAGACAUGCAAGGGUCGGACCAUUAAGGCUGGCACACUGGAGAAACUAGUGGAGUACAUGGUUUCGGCUUUCAGAGGAAAGGACUAUACAUACGUCACUAUUUUCCUCUGCACCUACCGAGCUUUUGCCACCACCAAACAAGUGCUGGACCUGCUGCUGAACAGGUAUGCCAAACUGCAUGAUCAGCCAGUCUCAGGCAAGCCAAAACUCUUCUCAGAGGACCACACAGAGCUUAAAAAUACUGUCUCAUCUAUCCUGGGUGCAUGGCUGGAUCAGUACUCUGAGGAUUUCUGGAGCCCUCCCGACCACGAAUGCUUGCAGAGCCUCAUAUCCUACUUGCAAAUGAACUUCUCUGGAUCAGACCUCGAGAGACGAGCCCGUAACCUGAUGGAACACUUCCAGCAUCGGCAACACACCGAGGUUGAGCUUGAAGGUGAUCUGUGCACCUGCCCCUUUGCUACACCAGAGGAGAGCAGCUUGGAUGAUGAAUUCUCUCCCUCACACUUCAUGUCCUUCAGUCCUGCCCUAGUCGCUGAGCAGUUAACAGUCAUGGAUGCGGAGCUGUUUAAGAGGGUGGUUCCAUACCAUUGUUUGGGUGGCAUAUGGUCCCAGCGAGAUAAGAAGGGCAAAGAGCACCUAGCACCCACCAUCCGUGCCACUGUUUCUCAGUUCAACAGUGUGACCAACUGUGUGAUUGCCACCUGCCUGGAUAACAGGUCUCUCAGACCCUUUCAAAGAGCGAAACGCAUUGAACACUGGAUAGAAGUGGCCAGGAAAUGCCGUAUCCUGAAGAGCUUCUCUUCUCUGAAAGCCAUCCUGUCCGCCUUGCAGAGUAAUGCCAUCCAUAGACUGAGGAGGACCUGGGAUGAUGUGUCCCGGGAAAGCUAUCGCACUUUCCAGGAGUUGUCUGAAAUUUUCUCAGAUGACAAUAAUUAUUCCCUCAGCAGAGAGCUUCUCAUUAAGGAGGGCACCUCCAAAUCUGCCAUCGUCGAGAUUAACCACAAAGGAGCCCAGAGAAGACACCAGCAGCAAAGAGACAUGGGUGUUGUACAAGGAACUAUUCCAUACCUGGGCACUUUUCUGACUGAUCUAGUCAUGUUGGAUACUGCUAUGAAAGACCAUCUUGAGGUAGGGCUGAUCAACUUUGAGAAGAGAAGGAAGGAAUUUGAAGUGAUUGCUCAGAUCAAGUUGCUGCAACUGACAUGCAAUUAUUACAACUUCACCAAAAACCAGCGCUUCAUUGAAUGGUUCAAGAGGGUGGAGAGACUUACAGAGACUGAGAGCUACUCUAUGUCCUGUGAUAUCGAGCCGCCAUCUGAGUCAGUGUGCAAAAAGAACGGGGGCAUCAUCAAACGCAUGAGCGAGGAGUCGGGUUACAGCAGCGCAGGGACGUCACACUCCAAGUCCUUUGAGCAGCCGCGCUUAAGCCAGUUCAAAGACAGCUUCAAAGAUGGAGCAGAUUCCCUCAGCCUCACCUCAGCGGGAUCCAGCGGCUCAGACGCAGAGGAGACGAGUCUCAGUCUGCUGAACUCCCCAGAAACAGGAAGUCAAAGAACAUCCACACCAACUGUUCAACAUUCUACAUCAAUCUCAGAUACAGGGGAGCUUGCUUCUGAUUCCUCUUCCAAGCUUUGGGAGUUGUCCACUCCUUCAUCUUUGGAGGCCUCCGGUUCAGGCUUGGGUUUGGAGUCUGGCUGCAGCAGCAGCUCCACCUCCUCUUCUUCAUCCUCAGUCUCCACCUCCACAGGGCAGACCUUCCAUUUUCACAAACGUUCGGUCUCUGGUGUCUCUGAGUACUCGUCUCUCUCCCUGCCGCUGCACAACCAGCAGGUGAACGACUGCUGCAUCAUCAGAGUCAGCCUUGACACGGACAACGGCAACAUGUACAAGAGCAUCCUGGUCACUAGUCAAGACAAAACCCCGGGUGUCAUUAGGAAAGCCAUGGCCAAGCACAACCUGGACGAGGACAGGUCAGAAGACUAUGAGCUGUUACAGAGGGUCUCCAAGCAUAAAGAACUUAAAAUCCCAGAUAAUGGAAACGUUUUCUACGCCAUGAACUCAUCUGCCGACUACGACUUCUUGCUGCGAAAGCGUGGCACCCCCAAAACCUGCCGCUCGAAGAGCUCGCCGAGCCUGACUCUACCACGCAUGAAGCAGAAAGGGUUCAAAAUACCCAAGAGCUUCUUCUGAAAGCACUCUGCCGAGUUCGGCAAGCCUGAAGCUGAGACACUUUAUUAACACCGACAGUGUUAUCUGGAUCUUUUAUCCAAUGGAUUAAUUCCAUUAUUGAGCUGCUCAUUUCUUGCAGGAAGCUGUCCCUGUGUUUCCUGUCCCUACAGACUAUGUGACAGGCACAGGAGGACCACUGUGGUUCUUACAAGGUUUGCCUUAAGACUGCACAUAAGAGGCACACUGUGUGGGAAGCAUUUACCAGAUGCAGUCUUUCACGCAUGAGCACACUAAACAAAGACAUUUCAAGCACUUUAGACAGGUCCUAAAGGGCAGGAGAGUAGUGAUGUGGUCCUUGGUCCUUUUCGAAUUCAAAGUGGAUUUUCUAUUGAUUCAUCUUCAAACAGAAUCUCCCUUUUGGACUCAAAAUUUGCUAUAACAGUCUCGCAGUAUAGCUACAGUAUUACAUGUACAGUAAAACCAUGUAAAUUGUAUAGUCUUUUGUUGCUUUUUGUUCUUUUACAUGGCUGUUUUGACUAUUGCUGCUGCCAGUUUUCCUGUAGAUGAUUACAACUGAAACUAACCUUUCAGGCAAUAAUCGGAUCACUCAAGACUGAAAGAUUCUCUUUUGACUGCUAACUGACUUGGUUAAAGUCACAUUUGAGCAUGAGGAGAUGACAGGUCUGAGCUGCAGGACUUACACUGUUAUUUAUGGUUAUUAAAUAACCAUAAAUAAUAUUACUUAUGCUUAUUAGUGUAAAGAAAUGCAAAUGUUGCUAAGUCUUAGAAAUAUAUUAAUGCCAAAGCCGUUCUCUUUUAUUUGCAGCUGGCCUCUCUCUGUGAUUUACAUUAUAACGCUGUAACUCUACAGAAAGGCUUUUUUGUACCAAACACUGUGAGUGGCUUCACCCUGCUAAGCCUUUUUACAUUGUGAAUUAAAUCCAUGAGUGCUUUCUUACCAUGUGAUCUAAUAUGAUGAGCAGAAUAUUUGAGGGGAUGUUGUUCGUAUCAGGAGAGAUUUCAGAUGUGAAUGUUAGUGUGUGUGUUUUCAUUUGAGAGAAAUGAUAAAGAGGAAUUUAAAUUGAAAUAUAAUGAAAGAAAUACACCAUGGUUUCCGGGUUUUUUUUUUUUUUUUUUUUUUUUGCUACUAUGACAACUAUAUAGCUGAACUGGAACAAAAUAUAGAUUGUGCAUAAUUUAUGAUUUAUAAAAAGAUCAAAAUGCAUGGAGAAAAUAUAUGCCAAUAUACCAAUUUCACUGUUAAAAUGUCUUCUUGACAAAUAUGCUAUCAGGAAACUACAACCAUGAAGUGAAAUACUCCUACCGACAGCUUGUCAUUCAACACAUGUGCCAUAUUCAGACUUCAUUUUGUAUGUUUUUGUCCCCUUUUUACCUUUUGUAUGUCUGAAUCUAACUCUGAAUGCUAAUGUCAAAGUUUGAAUGUUGAAUUCCAGUUUGUGCCAUUGCCCCAUUUUUAUUUAUUUCCAAGUUUGUAAUUGUUUUAUUUAUAAUUUUAUUGUUGUGAAGAUAAUUAAUAGAUGUACCUUUGUAUGUACAGACAAGCACUACAUUUUUUAAGAACUUACAAUUAAAUGUUGAGGGUGCCGAGACCCCAGAACUUGA